AUGAAGGACACUCUUCGAUCAUCUUCUAAUUUUACGGCGUUGAAAGGUAAUAGACAGAAAAUUUUCACCUAUUUCAACACAAUUAUUUCGACAGGGAGACUAUGUGUAAGAUAUUCGUUUAGCGUACUUAUCGCUGGCAUAUCGUUCAAUAUCAUUCGUUUUAGGAACUUCGUCGCUAAUCUGGCUGUAGUGGACAUUGUCUGUAGAAUCGUGCUUGCAUUUAUGGGUUACAUUAAUGUGGAGAAUAACAAGAAGCUUUUCUCUUUUAGAGUAAUGACCUACUCAGCGUUUGCAUUUUAUGGUUCGUUUGGAGUAAUGGUAUGUGCUCUUGUUUCCAUCUCACUGAGUCGUGUGAUCGCUCUGAACAAGCCCCAUCUCUCCAACCGGGUUUUACGAUUGCUGGAAACGAGGCAAAUCGCUCUUGCAACUUUUACACAGGUAAUCGUCCCACUUAUCUGUCAGGUACGUUAUUUAUUUUUCUCUUGUUUAGCAUCUGAUCCUAUAUCCAAUGGUACUGUGACAGCGACCACUCAAAUUGGACUAGCCGCGAAUCCGCUGCUCUAUUCCUUGAUAACGGUAACGAUUAUCAAACAAUACCGAAUCUGCUGCUCUGCACGGAAGACAUCUAGUUUAUAUGACGAUGCUAAAGUAGCUCUCGAAACAAAUCUUUGA